CUUCUGAGAGAUUGGAUCGCGUGUGAGCUUCGAUCGAAUUGGGGGGUCUUCCACCCCGAUGGGAAUCCAACUUCAGCGCGUCAAUUGCCUCCAACCGGAGCUUUUUGAUAAUCGGUCCAAAUGAUGAUGCUCCAGUACCUGAGCGUGGGCCCUCGGGAAAACGGGCUAGCGUGCUGUCGAACACCCUCCAGUGCCUACCGGCCGGUACCUAAAUUGCCCUGCAGCGUGUCACGUCCGUGCGGCAGCUCCCCCCCAAAAGGCGGGGACCCCGCGAAAAGGACAGGCCUGGUGGGCUGGGCGGUGGCAGCCAAAGCCGCCGCAAGCCGACACACCCGUCACCUCCUCCUCCUCAUGACCUCCUGUUUUACACAGAUGGCUAUGUUGAUUUGCAUCUGUUCUCUCACAAUGCGACUGAGCUUAUUCCCAACAUAGUCCUCUCCAUCUGCUUGUGUGUCUUUUUUGUUGAUAAACUCACCUAACCAACCAUGAGGGGCCCAUCCGCCUUAUCGCUAUCGCGGGCACUUACACGCCGCCCUCAUCAUCUUCAUCAUCAUCAUCAUCGCGCGCUAUUCACCACCCGCGGACAACAACAACUAGCCGCUCUCUUGACCUCUUCUCCUCUGAACACACCAAAAAGAACCUAUUCAACCCACCCCCCAAACGCCAAACUCAACCUUCCCACCGAUUACUCCACCACCCCCCUCCUCUGCCACACCACCACCACAGCCCUCACCAACCCCGAGCUCCCCCCCGAAACCCGCAACGGCACCACCAAGCGCAUGAACCUCUUCCAAGCCGUCAACGACGCCCUCGCCACCGCCCUCGCAGAAGACGAAUCAGUCCUCAUCUUUGGCGAGGACGUCGCCUUUGGGGGUGUCUUCCGCUGCACCGGCAAGCUCGCCGAGACGUACGGCGCAGACCGCGUGUUCAACACCCCCUUGACAGAACAAGGAAUCAUGGGUUUCGCCAUCGGGGCCGCGGCCGAGGGGAUGAGGCCCGUGGCCGAGAUUCAGUUUGCCGAUUACGUCUACCCUGCUUUUGACCAGCUUGUCAACGAGGCGGCCAAGUACCGGUAUCGCGACGGGGCGUGCGGGAGGAGCGCGGGAGGGUUGACGGUACGAAUGCCUUGCGGAGGUGUGGGACAUGGGGCGUUGUAUCAUUCCCAGAGUCCGGAAAGUUUGUUUACGCAUAUUCCUGGGUUGAGGGUGGUUAUGCCGCGGUCGCCGUUGCAGGCAAAGGGGUUGUUGCUUGCGGCGAUACGGAGCAAUGAUCCGGUUGUUUUUAUGGAGCCAAAGAUUUUGUACCGGGCGGCGGUGGAGCAGGUGCCUGCGGGGAGUUAUGAGCUGCCGCUGUCGAAGGCGGAGGUGUUGAAGAAGGGGGAUGAUGUGACGGUUGUGAGUUAUGGGCAGCCGUUGUACAAGUGCAUGGCUGCGUUGGAGCAGGUGGAGAGGGAUCUUGGGGUGGGGGUGGAGUUGAUUGAUUUGAGGACGAUCUACCCUUGGGAUAAGGAGACGGUGCUCAAGAGCGUGAGGAAGACGGGACGGUGCGUGGUGGUGCACGAGGCGAUGGUGAAUGCGGGUGUGGGAGCCGAGGUGGCGGCGGUGAUUCAGGAGGAUGCCGAGACGUUUGUGAGGUUGGAGGCGCCGGUUGCGAGGGUGGCUGGGUGGAGUAUUCAUACGCCGUUGUCGUACGAGCAGUUUAAUGCUCCGGAUGUUGCUAGGAUAUAUGAUAAUAUCAAGAAGGUGCUGGGAUUCUGA